CUGGAGCUCCGCGGUGCUGUCGCGCCUACGAGGGACCUGCCCAACGUACGUCCCAAUCACGGUUGGGAAUGUGGGCCUGCCCCGGCGCCGCCGCUCCUGCGCCCUCGACAGCGAAAGGGAUUGACUGACGCUACUUGGAUUAAUUUGACGAUCUCCCAGGAGACUCGAAGUUAAAUUUCUAUAAACAAAUGAACUAGUUCUCUCUCAUUUGGAGCAAUGCUGAAGUUCCAAGAGGCUGCUAAGUGUGUGAGUGGACCAAUAGCCCUUUCUGCUUAUCCAAAGACCUUGAUUGCAAGAAGAUAUGUAGUUCAACAGAAACUUGGUAGUGGAAGUUUUGGAACUGUCUAUCUGGUCUCAGACAAGAAAGCAAAACAAGGAGAGGAAUUAAAAGUACUGAAGGAAAUCUCUGUGGGAGAACUCAAUCCAAAUGAGACUGUGCAGGCCAAUUUGGAGGCCCAGCUCCUUUCCAAGCUGGACCACCCAGCCAUUGUCAAGUUCCAUGCAAGCUUUGUGGAGCAAGAUAAUUUCUGCAUUAUCACCGAGUACUGUGAGGGCCGAGAUCUGGACUGUAAAAUUCAGGAAUAUAAAGAAGCUGGAAAAAGCUUUCCGGAAAGUCAGAUAAUCGAAUGGUUUAUCCAGCUGUUGCUAGGAGUUGACUACAUGCAUGAAAGGAAGAUACUUCAUCGAGACUUGAAAUCAAAGAAUAUAUUUCUGAAAAAUAAUCUGCUUAAAAUUGGGGAUUUUGGAGUUUCUCGACUCCUAAUGGGAUCCUGUGAUCUAGCCACCACUUUAACUGGAACUCCUCAUUACAUGAGUCCAGAGGCUCUGAAACACCAAGGUUACAACACAAAGUCGGACAUCUGGUCUCUGGCAUGCAUUUUAUAUGAGAUGUGCUGCAUGAACCAUGCGUUCACUGGCUCCAAUUUCUUGUCCAUUGUUUUAAAAAUUGUUGAAGGUGACACGCCUUCUCUCCCCCAGAGAUACCCAAGAGAACUGAAUACCAUCAUGGAACGCAUGUUGAACAAGAGUCCUUCAUUGAGACCAUCUGCUAUAGAAAUUUUAAAAAUUCCUUACAUUGAUGAACAACUACAGCACCUGAUGUGUAGAUAUUCGGAGAUGACUCUGGAAGACAAGAAUUUGAAUUGUCAGGAGGAGGCUGCUCAGAUAAUUAAUGCCAUGCAAAAAAAGAUCCACCUGCAGACUCUGCGGGCGCUGUCUGAAGUCCAGAAAAUGACACCAAGAGAAAGGAUGCGGCUGAGGAAGCUCCAGGCAGCUGAUGAGAAGGCCAGGAAGCUGAAAAAGCUUGCAGAAGAGAAAUAUGAAGAAAAUAACAAACGAAUGCAAGAGUUGAGAUCUCGGAACUCUGAGCAGCUAACUAUUGAUGUUCUCCAUGAAUCUGAUGACCUGACUUCAGAGAACCUGCCUGAGUCUCAGCCCAUUCCUUCCUUGGAUCUUGGCCCACUUGAGUCAAGUAUAGAAGACACCAUAGCUGACCUUGGAGAUCAUGGUCUCACUGAGUUCUUCCAUUCUUUUUCCCAGUCUGACAUCCCAGAAGACCCGCUUGUGGCUGAAGAAUAUUAUGCUGAUGCAUUUGAUUCCUGUUCUGGAGAAAGUGAGGAGGAGGAAGAAGAAAUAGUGUUCUCAGGACCGGAGGAAGAGGUUAAGGAUGAAGGACCCCAGCCUGCUUACAGAACAAUCCAACAGGACAGUGAUAUUGAAGCACUGGUCAGGUGUUUGGAAAAUGUCCUCGGUUGCACCUCUCCAGAUGCGAGGACGAUCCCCAGCACAGCUCCAGACGUGUCCCUGGGACUAACAACGUUCAACAGCACAGUGGCCGCGACCAAGAUGAAACACAUGAGGGAAUCAGCCAUGCAGAAGCUGGGAGCACAAGUGUUUGAGGAGGUCUAUAACUACCUCAAGAGAGCAAGGCACCAGAAUGCCAGUGAAGCCGAGAUCCGGGCAGCUCUAGAAAAAGUGGUGCCUCAUGCCAGUGACUGUUUUGAAGUUGACCAGCUCCUGUACUUUGAGGAGCAGUUGCUGAUCACAAUGGGUAAAGGGCCCACACUCUGGAACCCACACCAACAACUGCCAAAAGCAAGCAAGUUCAAGGGGACAAAUCCAUUCAGCCCAUAGCUGGACUCCGUUAUGGGAAAUGAGUACGUAGCUGGAGCUACCAUCUCUACUUUCAAUUCCUUAUCAAGAGGAGGGAGUCCUUUACAGAGUAGUAAACAUAUCUGCCUGUACCUGGAACCCCGGGCCAGUUGGUGUUUGGUCUACACUCUGAGGUGAGCUUCUGGACCAAGCGUGGCUUCCUGAACAGCAUUCCCGCACUCGUGCCCUCAGGGCUUCCAGAGGGUUGGACCUCCCCGUGAUGGCCUGGAGAAUCAUCUACUCUUUACCAUUUCCACCUGGGGACAGGCUCGGUGCCUGUCUGCUUUGAGUCACAGUGCUCUGUGGCCAGCUGGCUCCUGAAGGUCGCUGAACACUGGCCUCCGACACACGGAGCUGCUAACCAGGAGUCACAAAUAUUUGUUUCAGGUGACCCAUUUUGGGUCCACUUUUGCCCUUUCCUGGCUAACAAGCGAGAUGUGCAUAUAUAUAAGGACCUGGACUAAAAAUCCAAAAAGCAAUUCUCUUCUGUGAUUUAUUCUCCAAGCUCAUCCAUGGAGUAUUAAAGACAUUUAUUCUAAUAAAUAUAUUUCCCAUGGUUAUAAAGUAAAUCACCUAUUUUAUCUUUUCCUUAUCUAGAAGUAUAUUGAUGAAUGUAACACAUCUAUGUAAUAAUUAUUCCCCAGAGCAGCUAACAUUGGAUUUAUUUGGUGCCUGUCACAUGCCAGUGCUGUGCUCUGAGCUUACAAGUUUAAGGACCUAUGUCACUGGAUCUUUUCACUGAUGAGAGAGACGGGGAGAGAGAGGAGACAUUGUCCCCCUCUUUUAGCUGAUGUGCUUAUUUACUCAGUUACCAGACCUGAGCUGAGCUGUCACCCCAGG